GAGAAAUUUUGAGGGGAAAUGAAAUUGAGAAAUGAAGGGGAGGGUUGGGUUGGGUUUGGAGGUUUGGCAGAGAUGAAGCAGAAGCAGCAUCAAGGCUUGGCAGCAUAACUGUUUGAGUGAGAGAAGAAGAGCGACUUUUGCAGCAUCUGUUAGUACUUCUUUCGUGAAAGCUUCUGAGGCCCAAAGCCACGCUUAUGCUGCAGAAACGCAAAGCACGCAGCUUUUUCUCUGUGGCUUCCUUCUUUUUGGUUCUUCAGUCUUAAUCCCUUGUGUAUCUGGAACGAGGAAGUGAAAGCCAAGGGAAAAACAGAGAAGAAAGAGUAGGGUACUGUCGCAUGAAAGGCAUGGAGUUCUAGAGAGAGAGAGAGAUGGGUUGUUGGUUUUCAAGAUUGGAGAGAGAGGAAACAGUUUCGAGAUGCAGGGCUCGAAAGAGAUACAUGAAACAGUUUGUGAAGGCUAGACAAGCCUUUGCGGCUUCGCACAGUAUGUAUUUGAGAUCGCUUCGGAGCACCGGUUCGGCUCUGCUUCAGUUCGCCGGCGCCGAAGUCAGCCAUCAGAGCCACCACCAUCACCGCCACCACCUUCCGCCUCUUCCGCCUUCGCCGACCCGGCAACCGGCCACUCCCCAGCCUCCGCCGCCGCCUCCCCUCAUGAGCCCCACGUCCGACACGUGGACGUCCUCGACCACGGCCUCCACCGCCCUGCCGCCCCCGCCCCCGCCGCCGGUGACGUCGAGCUGGGAUUUCUGGGACCCGUUUAUGCCCUCGGUUUCCCGGCCGGUUACCGAGGAGGAAUGGGAGGCGGCGACGAGCGCGUCGGAUGUGGCGGUGACCAACACCAUCGGGGCGGCGAGUGUGACCGCACCGCCGUCUGUGGUGAGUGGGUUUUCGAAGAAGGCCAGCACCAGUGAGCUCGCCCUGGUGGUGUCCACCACAAGCAAGGAUCUGGUUGAGAUCAUCAAACAGCUCGACGAGUACUUUCUCAAAGCAGCCGAUGCUGGUUCCCAACUCUCGUCGCUCUUGGAAAUCCCAUCUUGUGGUUUUCCAGAACAAGUAUCAUCAGCAGGUAAGGUUUAUGGGUAUGGGAAGAGCUUGAGCCCACUGUUGCGGACGUGGGGAUCUUGUCAAAAACUGGAUGGUUUUGGAAGCAAUGUGAGCGGUGGAGAUGCCAUCAAUGGAAGCCAUUGUUCUACUGUGGACAGGCUAUAUGCUUGGGAGAAGAAAUUGUACCUGGAGGUCAAGAAUGCCCAGACUUUGAAGAUGGAGCAUGAGAAGAGGAGUACGCAGCUGAGGAGGAUGGAGCUGAAGAGGGCAGACUAUGUGAAGACAGAGAAAACAAAGAAAGAGGUUGAGAAGUUGGAGUCGAGAAUGAUAGUCGCUUCACAGGCCAUUGAGACUACAUCUGCUGAAAUUAUCAAAUUGAGGGAAUCGGAACUCUACCCCCAACUUGUUGAGCUUGUUAAAGGAUUGAUGAGCAUGUGGAGAAGCUUGUAUGAAUACCAUCAGGUGCAGACACACAUAGUCAAGCAGCUCAAGUACCUGAAGACCAUUCCAUCUACAGAACCGACAUCUGAAAUUCACCGGCAGUCGACUCUACAGCUGGAGCUGGAAGUCCAGCAAUGGCACAUUGCCUUCUGCAACCUGGUGAAGGCUCAACGUGACUAUAUCCAGUCACUCACAGGUUGGCUCCGGCUUAGCCUCUUCCAGUUUAGCAACAAUUCGCUGUCCAAAACUGGGAAGGAUUCUGCAAUUUAUACUCUCUGUGAAGAAUGGCACCUUGCAGUGGAUCGCAUCCCAGACAAAGUAGCAUCUGAAGGGAUUAAGAGCUUCUUGACGGUAAUCCAUGCCAUUGUAGUUCAACAGGCAGAAGAGCAAAAGCAAAAGAAGAAGUCAGAAUCAGUAUGCAAAGAGCUUGAGAAAAGGGCAGGUGAGCUUAGAUCAUCAGAAAGCAAAUAUGGCCCAUUUUCAAUGCCCGAAUCCUCCAGCAGUACUAGACACAAGAAUCCAAUUGCAGUGAAACGAGCGAAGGUGGAGAUGUUAAGGGCAAAGGCAGAGGAAGAGAAGGCUAAGCAUGAAAAGUCUGUUAGUGUAACAAGGGCAAUGACACUGAACAACCUGCAAAUGGGGCUGCCGCAUGUCUUUGAGGCAAUAACGGGUUUUGCCAACGUCUGCAUCCAUGCAUUUGAAUCGGUAUGCAACCAGGCCAAAAAUACCGAUGAGGCCCAUGAUAUGAAGAGACGACUACUCCCUUAGAAGUUGCUGUCCCAUAUACUGUUGACUUGGUAGCUAGACCCAGAAAGUACAGGCAAUCUAGAAUUGGUUUUUGUGUACAGAUGUGUGCAUUGAGCUUUGGAUUUGGGCUGACUGAACCUAGAAAAUAUUUAUCAUGGCAAGAUGCACCUGUGAAGCAGGUUUCUGGAUAAAUGAAGUCUUAUGGAAGAGAAAAUACAAGGUAAAUCUGUGGGCAGUGUUGUUUGAGGCUCCGGUGGAGGUAAAGCUUGUAGCUCAGAAUUGGUGGAUCACCUUGUCUGGUAGAGAUGCUGAGUAGGAGUUUUGUUUUUGGCAUUGGGUUUUAUCCAUGCUUUUGGGGUGCCUUUGUGAAUGAUUCUAGAUGUUUUCAAAUCUUUAUGGAGGAUGAAUUCCCAUCUUAUCGUGUUACCAUUUUCUGAUAGUCUUGUAAGAAUGGCUAAAUUGUAACUUCAACGCCAAGAAGAACAUGAUUAUACUAUAAAGACGGCAAGAUAAGCCAACGACUAUUUUCCAGCUAAA